UUCAUAAAAAUGUGAAAUUUUAGAAAAUUUUGUUCAAAUUCUCUCUGAGAUAGAUAAAAUUAUAAAUGUACUCCAUUAUGCCUGGUCUCAUAAUCAUACUCCAUGCCAAAGGUUCUCCACCUUAAAGUAAUCAACCAUAUUCGGAGAGAUUCAUAAAAUUUAUGGGUUGGUACUUUGGUUAUUCUACAGCCUACACAGCUACGCUACACCUUUUAAGGUAAAAGCAGACAGGCUACAUACAACUCACAGUCACACUCAUUGAGUCUCUCUCUACACUUCUAUCCUCUUCAACAUUUCUUGGGAACUCUCAUUUACUCUCUGUGGUAACCUUUUUCUUCCCUUCCUAUGCCGUAUCUGUUUCUGUACUCAAGAAGCGAAAGUAUCAUUUGGCACCUUAUUUCAUUAUCAUCACGAGCCCAUACUGUUUUACUGUGAUCAAAUAGUACCAGAAGUGUAAGAAAAAACCAUUUCUUUAUCUGUAAUCAGUAAAGUUUUCAUUUUUUUACGGUUUUGAGAAAACUGCGGUCAAAUUCCAAUUUUGUGUGAGCUUCUUUUAGCUAAAAUUUGAGAAUGAAAAACAAGAAGCAAGAUUGCUCUCCUUUUUGUACCCUAAAAUUUAUCCUUUUUAUUUGCAAGAAAACAUGUGUCUCCACGUCAGGAGCAGAUCUUGCUGCAACAUGUGAAGGGUAGAAACGAUGGCGUUUUUUCAGGAACGUAUUUUAUUUUCAAAUAAACGCUGAUUUUUUCGGGACCGUAAUGGACCUUCCAUUGAUGAUGGGGUGUUAGGAAGAUGUUUUUCUUCACGUUCUCACUUUUGGAAAGGAAAUGUGAAAGGAAUGGGUGUUUUUUCCCAAUCUUUCUUUGUGAAUGACUGAAAGUGUUUAUUUAUUUAUAUAGUUUAAUAUUUAUUUUAAAUUUUGACUUUCAAGUUAAAAAGUUGAAAGUGACAUUGGCAUGAAUGGAAGAGAUAGAACAAAGUAGACUUUGGGUGUUAUUGUUGGGUUUAGGGGAUAAUUGUGUACUUGUUCACUAAUCUAACUCUGGUGUCCAAGUCAAUCCUAGUCAUGCAUUCUUGUCUGUUAAUUUGAACCAUCAGCUCAGUAAGAGUUUGAAAUAAGAUUUGUAUUGUUUUGUUUUUCUACUUUUCUUGAGGUUGAUACGUUUGGAUGAUUGGAGGAGUUUCUCUGCAGGACAGAUAUAAAUUAGUGAUUUGAAGAUGUUUUUGACUUCUCCCCUCCUUUUUGUAAAUUGCUUCAGCUAGCUUUGGACUGUAGGUUUUGGCUGGGAAUACUUUCUGAGGGUAAAAGGGGAACAAGAUCACGAAAGAUUGCAUCUUUGCCAUAUCAUAGGCUGAACCCCAGGUGAUUUAAUGCUCAGCUAGUUAUUAUACAGAAUUAAAGAUGGAAUGGAAUGCAAAGUGGGACUGGGAAAGCUUGGCUGAGCUUAGCUCAAAAGCUUGUGAAAGUCCUCAGAAACUGCAACUCACAGACUGGGGAAUAGUGGAAGAGGAGGGCGAAAUCGUAAAUGCACCCUUCAAUAAUAAAAAUAACAUAUCAGGGGGUAGCUAUGUCUACGACGCGGGGGGCCAGGGCUCUUCUACCUCUUCCCCGAAAAACGGAGGGGCAAAAUCGGAAAAUCGCAGAGAGAAGGACGCGUCGAUCGGCGGCUCGGCUGAGGCGUGCAUCGGGUUGAAGCUGGGAAAGAGGACAUAUUUUGAGAACCACGGUGGCGGCGGAGUAGGAGGAGGGAACGGCGGAAAGACGAGAAAACCAUCGACGGCUGGGGGUUGUGAGGGUGGGGCCGGAGCGCGGUGCCAGGUGGAGGGAUGCCACGUGGACCUGUCGUCGGGGAAGGAGUAUCACCGGAAGCAUAGGGUUUGUGAGAGUCACUCGAAGUAUCCUAAAGUGAUGGUGGGUGGCUUGGAACGUCGCUUUUGCCAGCAAUGUAGCAGGUUCCAUAGCUUGUCAGAAUUUGAUGAAAAGAAACGCAGCUGUCGACGUAGACUUUGUGAUCACAAUGCAAGACGCCGCAAGCCACAACAGGAUGCUUUUCAGUUCAAUAAUUCAACCAAUAGGCUAUCUACUUCCUUUUAUGAUGGUAGGCAACAAAUAAACUUCAUGAUGAACAAUGUCCCACUUUUUGACACUAAUAAAACUGCUUCAAAUUCAACUUGCUGGGAAAAUAAUAACAACACAUAUGCCUCCAACAUGUACACUAUUACAAGAGGGUUUACUUCCCAGCCCGAAAAACCCGGUAGUACAAACAAACAAUCAUACAUGUCCACAGGGAUCCACCAGCCUAACACUUGCAGUUUUCGUGAUAAUAAUGUGUCUGAUGAUGUACUAUUGGAAUCUAAGGGCCACACAGAAGAAGGCUUCACACAAGGUGGCAAGAGAGCUAUGUUCUACAUGGAAACAAGCAUGGCAGAGAAAUAUCCCCGUGCUCUCUCUCUUCUGUCAACUUCUUCUUGGGGUUCAUGUGAAGACCAACACAACAAUUCCUCCAUUUCAGAAUCAGCAAACCCGACCACCGCCUUACACGAACAACAAACAAUCCCGCUCCACCUUCCCCUCACACCACCGCAGUACUGGCAACCCGAACCAACCAACGGUCACCUCCCGGAUGUUCAUAAUCUUUUCAAGGUCCCACAAGAUGCUGACUUUUAUCUAGACUCAUUCAACUGACAUCUCUGAAGAAGAUUCAAGAAAAUCCAAGGAAAUCUUGCCUGCCCAGCUCAUUAGUGGUGUAUAUGAUUUGGUUGUGUAGAGUUUUUUUAGAUUCACUUGUUCUCACUAAAGGAGGUGUUUUUUUACGAUGGGAAGUGGUUUGCUUUCCAAGUAUUGUUUGUUCUGUAUUUGACUAAGGAAAGUGUAGAUGGCCAAAUGCAAUCAUUUUCCUUUUGUAGGAAGAGAGUGAAUCUGAUGGGACAAGGUUACAAGGGUGGAAAGAAUUUUUCAUGGAAAAUUUUAAACGUCGCUAAAUCUUUAUAAACUGGCAAAAAAGAAAUGAAAAUUGUUGAGUACCC